AUGGGCUCCCGUCAUGAGAUAAAUUCUAGUGCAGUGCGCAAACGCAUUGAAAAUCAUGACUUCAAUGAUGAAGCAGGAGAGGAAUAUGAGGCCUCCAGCUUCGGCGGGUUUGGGGACUAUAUGCGCCGGAAAAAAUUGAAGUUACAGAAUCUUGACGCAGAAAUUCGAGCAUCAGCUGGCGAUUGCCCCCCAAUAUUCCGUGGUGUAGUUGCCCAUGUCAAUGGGUACACUCAACCUUCUUUGCAAGACCUGCACCGUUUGAUUGUCAGCCAUGGGGGUGGCUUCCUUCAAUAUUUAGAUGGCAAAACUACAGCCACUCAUAUCAUUGCUAGUGCUCUGACACCCAAGAAGCGUGAAGAGUUCCGCCGCUACCGCAUAGUGAAACCUACGUGGGUGACAGACAGCAUCAAAGCAGGACGUCUACUGCCAUGGGAUGAAUUUAGAAUAGUAGACGAAGGUCAAGCACAGAGGGUGCUCAAGUUUGACGAUGGCCGGUUUACCAGCCAGACAAAUACCCCUCGCACAGGUUACAAAGAACAAUCAAGGGCUAGUUGGUAUAACUCUCAGCUCCGAGAUAUGAGCACAACUGAAGCAGGUCUCGACUCUUCGUUAAAGCCUCUGAUCCCAUCUACGCGGUCCAAGGCCCCGCAGAUGGUCACACCAACCAUGCCGAGCCAAUCAUCCCAGUCAGACUAUGGUGACUUCCCUAGCUUUACUAUGGAGAAAGAGGAGGAAGUUCAUGAUCCUCAGUAUCAACAAGAGACACCAGCCAAUGAUGUAACACAAUUUACAAUCCCACAACAAGCUCCCAACUCCGACCAAGUGCCCACUUCACCAGAUCCAUUGGUUGACCUCGAGUCAACCUCGCCUCUCGACCAAAUAAGUCCAUCAAAACCCGCUUUGACCUCUGAAGAGUACAAUGCACAGCUCCUUUCCGACCCAAGGAUGCAGAAGUCCUCGGUUGUCAAUCCGGAAUUCCUGCAGCAGUAUUAUAGAGAGUCUCGCCUCCAUCAUUUGUCAACCUGGAAGGCGGAUUUGAAAGCCCAACUGCAGGCCGCAACGAAGGAAAAUGCACAGUCUCAGAUAUCGAAAAAGAAACCCUUCCCUGGAUCAAGACGGUACAUUCUACAUGUCGACUUCGACUCAUUCUUUGCGGCUGUCUCGGUUUUAAAACGCCCCGAGCUCCAAAACAAGCCGGUUGCUAUCGCCCAUGGCUCUGGAGCAGGCUCUGAGAUUGCUAGUUGUAAUUAUCCUGCACGUGCUCAAGGUGUUAAGAAUGGGAUGUGGAUGAAAGGAGCUUUGCAAUUAUGCCCCGAUCUCAACGUCCUGCCGUAUGAUUUCCCUGCCUAUGAAGAUGCGAGUCGCAAGUUCUACACCUCGAUACUUGCUAUUGAUGGUACGGUGCAAAGUGUAAGUAUCGAUGAGGCUUUGAUUGACGUCACAAAUCUAUGUUUGGAAGCUGGCGGCUCAGAUGGAAAGACUAUAUCAGAAGGAUCAAUUUAUCGCGAGCAAGCGAAAGCGGAUGAAAUUGCCCAAGCUUUACGCGAUUCAAUCAAGGAGAAAACCGGAUGCGCAGUCUCUGUCGGAAUUGGCAACAAUAUUCUGCUCGCAAAAGUGUCUCUCAGAAAAGCCAAGCCUGCUGGGCAGUUUCAAUUAAAGCCAGAUGCUGUUCUGGACUUUAUUGGAGAUCUCACAGUUCGCGAUCUUCCUGGAGUGGGCAGUAGCAUGGCAAUCAAACUCGAAGAGCUGAGUGUGAAGUUUGUCAAAGACCUCAGAGAUCUCCCAAAAGAGAGACUGAUAUCUGCCCUGGGACCCAAAACUGGAAUUAAAUUAUGGGAAUACGCUCGCGGAAUUGAUCGAACCGAAGUCGGCGAUCAAACGAUGAGGAAAUCUGUUUCGGCCGAGGUAAACUGGGGGAUUCGAUUUGUCAAUCAGGACCAAGCAGAUGACUUUGUGCGUUCUCUGUGCGAGGAGCUGAAUCGAAGAUUGAUGGAAAAUAUGGUGAAGGGAAAACAGCUCACCCUAAAGGUCAUGCGUCGAUCGAUGGACGCUCCUCUAGAACCGGUCAAGCAUCUCGGCCAUGGAAAGUGUGAUACAUUCAAUAAGAGCGUCGCUCUUGGUGUUGCGACCAAUGUACCAGAAGUCAUUGGGAAAGAGGCAAUAUCGAUGUUGAGAAGUUUCAACUUUUCGCCUGGAGACUUGAGAGGUCUUGGUGUACAGAUGACCAAACUCGAACCAAUCAAGUCUGGCCCUUCAGGGCCCGAGAGCAGCCAGCGACAACUGAAAUUCCAGAAAUCUCCACCUCGCGAGAAAGUCAUUUUAAAUGCAGACCCUGACGAGCUGGAGAGUCCGCAGAAAGAUGACUCUGUUCGUAUUCAAGCGGAUCCAGUACUCAGCGAUAGUGCCCACAAGCCACUCAACAUCUCGGGGUCUCAGUUUAUCAUGCCCACUCAAGCAGAUCCCAAAGUCCUUGCCGAGUUGCCUACGGAUAUCAGAUCAAGACUCGUUGCACAAGCAAAGCCGCGCCAGGAUCCUCGCUCUGGCUCUCCUUGUCCUCUCCCGCGUGAAGCACGACAGCCUGUCCAAGCAGACCUUCCCCCGCAGUCCCAGCUUGACCCAGAUGCAUUGGCGGCUUUGCCUGAAGAUGUCCGCCAAGAAGUAUUAGGAUAUUAUAACCACCCAGCCACUAACGUUGCGCCGCCGCUGGCGCCGGCCGUACCAGAGUCGCGCCCAUCAACCUCUAGCUCUCUCAAGCUGAGAAGACCAGUCUCGCCACCAAAAAAGAGGCGUGGUCGCCCACCCAAGUCGGCGACGACUGCGAACAAGCCUAAGCCCAAGCCUCUGGAUCAGUCAAGCUUUGGAUUCGUUCUUUCACGCCCAGCGGCUGUAUCUGCUAGUUUGAAUGAAGAGGCUUUGUCUAGACAAGUGUCACCAAAUGUCGAAGAGCCAGCCGAAGCUUCAGCCGAAUUCCUUGCUGCUCUACCUGAAGAUAUCAGACAAGAACUUCUUGAAGAACAACAACGCUCCCGCAUGCAACAGCGCCUGCGAGCUACUGAACCUGCACAAAGACCUCCAUCUCGGGCACAGGAGGCUCCUCCUGCACCAAUUGCCGUAGAAAAACUUUUACCUCUACCGCCACUCCCCAAACGUCCCGUAUUUACAUCACAGCGUCUGUCCCAGUUACCAGAUCUGCGAGAUGCUGUUGGCUCAUGGCAUGAAGUCUUUGCAGAUGGCGGCCCGUACGGUGAUGACGUUACUUCGUUAUGUAAAUAUCUGUCCAGUGUGAUAUUGCAAGAGAAGGAUGUGGACAAAGCUGUUUCAGUGAUCAAGGUGGAGCCGUGGUCCACGGACAUUGAACCCAUCAUGCCGCCUGUCACCAACGGUCAAUUCUCCUUCAAUGUCGACACAUUCUAUGUCGCCGCGUCGGGAGGACAAAUCCACCGCCGUGCAGCGCCAGCUGAGAUAAAAGCUCUUUACGAUACCUCGAGGGCAGACAAGAGCACACCGGAUCACCCAGGCCAUUGGUAUGAAGCACAGCUCCUUCACUAUGGCCUGCCACCGUCAAAGGUCAAGGCUACUGCUAAGAUAAGGCUCUUGAAAGCCGUGCAAGAUGGCGCCCUGAGUGUCCCCAAGGAAAGCCUACAAAUCGAAAAGAAUCUGAAGAAGGAAUGGAAGAAACAGGAUUCAGAGGAACUGCCACAGGCAAAUACCAAGAUCACAACGACGAAGACUGUUACUACCAAGACUAUCACAGUUUCUAAGACGGUUGCGUGCAAAACCACUGAGAGCAAUACUACUGCAUCCAAAGCCGCGGCUAAACCUGCGGCGACGAAGGCUGCUGCCAAAAGCGCAGCUGCCAAGCCAGCUACGCCUCAAACUGCCCCAGCCAAGAGAAAGAGGACCUCGAAUGACGAGGAGACAGCUAAUCAACCACAGACUGCCAAACGCCGCGUGUAUGGCAAAAAGGCCCAAGACAACACGAAUGACCCCAAGCCGAGCGGAUGGCCUGAGCAGCCUGAGUAUCAGGAUGCGCCUCCCUCGUAUGAAUUCGCCUGUGGAAUGAACGGAGAACAUCCUUACGAUGCAUUAGAUGAACAGAUGAACAUUGACAAUGCGAGCUGGUUCAAUGCAUACUCAGACCCACCAUCUCCACCCCGAACCCUGAAACACACCCUGGGCCUACUCAACGGGACGUACAAAGUUCGUUCCUCUGAUAUUGAAGACAGCUGGCCACACGCUAUACCAUCUGACGGGAUCACCUUAUCCCUCCGCCUUAAUGGACGGGAGAUUUGGGGAGCAUACGAGUUCGGGAUGUUUGAGGGUGUACUGUGGAUGCCAGAAAGACCCAUGAGGCCCUCCUUUGGUAGGAUUCCGUUUAAGUGGCGUGGACGGGAGACUGGUGAGGGUGAAAUGAGCAUUGAAGAUGACCAGGAAGGUUGGAUUGAGUUUUUGGGUGAUGGUGAUAUUGUUGGGAUGAUCAGCUGCUACGGAAAUCAACAUUUCCGAGGUCAACGGAUUGAUAGUUUUGUCCGGACAGCUAGUGAUCUGCGUGAUGAAUGGGAUGGCUACAAUGAAGAGGAAUAUGAACGAGAGAGAAGGAGUCGGUGGGGUCGGUGGUAA